AUGAUAGCCAAUCAGCUUCUAACUUCAGUUUAUACAAUUAGGCUUUGACAAAAAAAACUGGAAGCUGAUUGGUUUCUAUCCAGAGCUGCACCGAAUUUCACACUCUCCAAUUUCAGUAAAUAAACCCCAAUACUUUAACCUCCCUGGCGGUAUUCCCGAGUGUAGCUCGGGGGAAGGUUUCAGUACCACAAGCGGUAACCCCGAGCUACACUCGGGAAUACCAUGCGGCGCUGCUCCACGAUCCCUGUAUCACUUACCUUGUCCUGCGCUCCCACGAUGUCCCUCCUGCAGUGUCCCCGACAAUGUAAUCCGGCGGAUGCCGGCAUCUGUCAUCUGGGUUCCGUCCCCUGUGAGCGUCGGGACGUACGGGGGACGGAACGGCGAGAAAUUCACAAAAAUGACAACAAAAGUAACAUUCACUAAAAUCACUAA